CGCUCCGGAAGUGCAAGCGCGGUGGUGGUACAGGGGCAGGUUCUGUCGGCCCGGCUACUGCCUGAGAGAUGCCGGGAGCCGCGGCCGUGAGCUCGGAGUUGUCCGAGAGGAUCGAGAGCUUCGUGGAAACCUUGAAGCGAGGUGGCGGCCAGCGCAGCUCGGAGGACUUGGCUCGGGAGACCCUGGGGCUGCUGCGCCGGCUCAUCGCGGACUGCCGCUGGAGCAACGCGGGGGAGCUGAUGAAUCUGAUCCGCAGAGAGGGCAGGAGGAUGACGGCCGCGCAGCCCUCCGAGACCACCGUGGGCAACAUGGUGCGGAGGGUGCUCAAGAUCGUCCGGGAGGAGUAUGGCAGACUCCACGGACGCAGCGACGAGAGCGACCAGCAGGAGUCCCUACACAAACUCUUGACAUCUGGGGGCCUGACCGAGGAUUUCAGCAUCCCUUAUGCCCAACUCCAGGCCAGCAUCAUUGAGGCGAUCAAUGAGCUACUAGUGGAGCUGGAAGGGACAAUGGAGAACAUUGCAGCACAGGCCCUGGAGCACAUCCAUUCCAACGAGGUGAUCAUGACCAUUGGCUUCUCCCGAACUGUAGAGGCCUUCCUCCGAGAGGCUGCCCAGAAGCGGAAGUUCCAUGUCAUCGUGGCAGAGUGUGCUCCUUUCUGCCAGGGUCAUGAAAUGGCCGUCAAUUUGUCCAAAGCUGGCAUUGAGACAACUGUCAUGACUGAUGCUGCCAUUUUUGCUGUUAUGUCAAGAGUCAACAAGGUGAUCAUUGGCACGAAGACCAUCCUGGCCAAUGGUGCCCUGAGAGCUGUGACAGGAACUCAUACGCUGGCCUUGGCAGCAAAACACCACUCCACCCCCCUCAUCGUCUGCGCACCCAUGUUCAAGCUCUCCCCACAGUUCCCCAAUAAAGAAGAUUCAUUUCAUAAGUUUGUGGCUCCUGAAGAAGUCCUUCCUUUCACCGAAGGGGACAUUCUGGAGAAGGUCAGCGUCCACUGCCCCGUGUUUGACUAUGUCCCCCCGGAGCUCAUCACCCUCUUCAUCUCCAACAUUGGGGGGAAUGCCCCUUCCUACAUCUACCGCCUGAUGAGUGAGCUCUACCACCCUGACGACCAUGGCCUCUGACCUCUGUCCUCAGCAGACACUGCUCAGGGACACGGGAGACGGCGGGGCUGUGGAAACGCUCUUCCCUGCAGUGGGGAGUGGCCAGGAGUCAGCUAAAUACCCUGACACCGCUGCCUUUCCAGUCGAGGGCACACGUCCAGGACUGUUUCUUGCCUCUUGGGUCUUAGCAGAGCAGCAGGGCUUAACCUAUUGGUUUUGGAGCUUCUGAGUGACCUGGUGGCGUCUGUUUCAGGAACUUAAACUUUCUGGUUCAGUGGUGUGUUAAACAUAACACUGACUACCUUGCUGGGAUACAGAUUUUUGCUCAGCGAUGGCUACCACACCUCUUCCUAGGCUGUGCCAAUAAAAACUACUUGAAGGUUC